AUGGCCGCCGAGAGCACUAAGGGGAAGGAAGUGUUGGAGAUUGCGAUGGCUUCUCCUCCGGAGGACGUCGACCUCGCGGGGAGGAAGGAGGAUUCGUCCGCGCCGGUCAAGACCUAUGCCAAGAUGCCGUCUCGCAAUGCUUCUUCGAAGUACGAUUUCGUCAAGGUGGGUCUUCUCGCCUCCUCUGCUCUCCUGUAUCUUUUCUUCUUCACAAAGGAAAUGAGAAACGAGGAGAGACCUAUGUGCAACUGUUCUUCCUCAUUUCUGAUUGUUGUUUGGAUUUGUUGUGUACUUGUUUGCCGACGGUUCGUGGGCAGGUUAAAGUAUGGCUUGGAGAUAAUGCGGAUCAUUACUAUGUUCUUUCUAGAUUUCUGCUUAGCAGAAUGCUGACUGUGACCAAGGUACCUAGCCUAUAUAUUUAUUUUGAUUCGUAAUGGUUUAAUUGCUUUUCAUGGUUUCCUCUGCCUUUAGACUCUUUCCAAACUCAACUGGUUUAUUGCCAUAAUUUUCGAUUAGCAUUGUUUCGGAAACCUUUUCAAUUGAAUCGGAUAAUUGGGCUUUCUAUUUUGGGCCGUGGGUCCUUUUUGUUUUAGUAAACCUAUCUUCCAAUGUGUAUGUCAUUUGAUUGCAUGUGAUAUUAGACUGAAAUUUACCAUUCGUGAUGGAGUGGUAAUUGGGUUUUAGCAACUAUUGGGAAACCAUUUUCCAGUGGUAGCUGCUUCUUCUCCCCACAAAAAAUAUCCCUUUCCUUUUGCAUGAUUGGCUAUCAAGAUAAAUUAACGGUGAUGCAAUUUCGAAAAAUCAUGAUAAAUGAACCAUUCCCGCAAUGUUAUCGUAGAAUAAAUUUUUCGUCUCCCUGUUUACCGCUGGCUACAUUGGCUGUGCCACAUUGUCAAAAUGGUAAGCGCUGGAACAUUCACAUGGAGAAUAUUGAUAUCUGAGUCUAAGGUUUUGGAGCUCAAAGAAUACCUUGACAACUCGAUAAAUCAUCAUUUUCCGUGAAUAAGUGAAUGCUGUGAAAUAUAUUUUUUUGGUAAUUCAAUUUUUGGAGCAUCAAUCAGUUAAAUUUGCUCUAAUUCCCAAGUAAGGUUACUGCAUUCAAGAGUUGAAAUGGAUGCAUUAGAUCAUUGUGGUUUAGAGCUCAACUGAAGGAGUGCUUCUGUUUAUUUAUAAUUCAGUGUACUUUCGAUAGACCCCAGUUUGUAUUAGCUCGACUAGAUCUUCAUUCAUCGUGUGCAUUCACGUCUGUACACUUUUUCGAUCAUAAUUAGUGGUAAGAUUUUACCUGGGUGAUAUUUCUAUCCAUUUUAAUCUCAUUUAGAUGAUUAGAGAGAGUCAGGCAACAACUCCAAUUCAUCAUCACCACUUGUUGACUGUGGGGUUCCAUUUAUAUCGUUCUUGUUUCAUGUAUUGAUAAAACUCCAUAUUAAAAAAAAUCUGUAUGCUUUUCACCAUUCUUUCGACUUAUAGUGACAUUCCAGCUUCUUGGAAACCUAGUAUGUUUUGACUUUAUUGAAUCUGUUAGUUAUCAUCAAUAAUAGAGGAUGGGCUUUCUCAAUAGGCUGGAAGUAAUGUGUUAUGGAUUUUUUUCUUUUAGAUUCCCAAUCAUGUUGCCAUUAAAAUUGCUCUUGAGCUCAAAAAGCUGCUCAUAGACAACAGUCUUCUUGAUGUGUACGUCAUUCUCUGUCACCCUCUCUAUUAUACAAUUUGAGUUUACAUGAAUUUUUUUUCAAAGCAUAUGAGUAUAUUUCUCUAUCUUUGUUGUGGUUAUUUAGUGAAGUAGCAUGUCCAUCCUCCAAUCUUCAUAUAAUUUCGCUCUUUCAAUAAUUACUAGAAAGAAUGCUUGCUCUUCAAGUGUUUCUUCAAAGUCAAAAGAAAUGUUUUUUUAAACUAGUAUUAUUUUGUGAUCUAACUGUAUUUUUAUCAUGAUUGACUAUUUUGCAGUUCACAGUCUGAUUUGGAAGCUAAUCUCUUCAAGGUAUAUGUCAUAAAAAUUCUCUGUUUCAUUUUUGCUUCCUAUCUUAGUUAACCAUUACUUGUAGUUCCUUAUCCGAUUCUCUUUUAUUUUUGGGUUACGUUACUACACUAAAUAAGUUUCCAAACUCGAAGGAAAGACAUUAUUGUUGCUAGGUAAUCAAAGCAUGCAUUGUGAUUUGUAAUGCUGUUUGCACCUGUCUCAUUGAUGCUGCGAGCUUGAUGUGAUACGGCUCGUGAUAUCUAAACGGUUAUGAAUUGGUUGCCUUCGAAUUAGGAAUCUAGAAAAUCAGUGUCUCAGCUUGUUUGCUCUAUUUCAACCUGGGGAAAAAUUUGUUGACGCACACAAUAUGAAUCUUCCUACAAGUCACAAUCCCAACCUGCCCACAAUGUAGUCACAUAAAAAUAAAAGUGCUCGACUUUUUUCUUAUCUUUGGCCUUUCAUCUGUAUUGUUCCUUCUAUUCUUUCUCUGCCAUACUGUCCAAUCAUUUCCUUCCUCCUAAUAGUUUUUUUUUCAGUUAUAACUCAUGCCAAACAGCUGCCUUCAAUAGUUCCAAAAAAUCUUGUUAUUUGUUCAGUUGAUCUCAUUUUCAAAUCAGUGAUAAGUCGUAAUCAUAAGGUCACAACAUUUACUCAGCUUUUCCAUGAAAAGUUACCCUUUUUUGAGUGAAAUUAUUUAUUUCAUAGUCUUUAAAAACUGGAUUAAAAACAAAUCUCCAUAUGGCUGACAGCAGCUCCAUUACUAUUUAGUGAUGGGCUUGCUUCUCUCUGUGUUAGUUUUUACUUUCUAAUGUAACUUAUAAAUUUAAUCCAGUAACUCUACUAGUCUUUAUUUUAGAAAGAGUAACCCGUUAGUGAAGGGAACAUGGUGCAUUUUCAUAGCACACCACAUUCUCAGGUGGUAACAGUUGAGCUGCUCAUAGUUUACCAAUGAUUGAUGUCCUUGAGUUAAAAACUAUCUUAUCAUACUAUUUCUGAAGCAAUUUGGUGGCCAUUUAAUUUUUUUCCAAAGGUGAGAUUGAUUCAUCUAUCUUCUUACAACACGUUCUGGAUUCAUUGGUUCAUGAAAAUUAUUUGAUAAUGUAGAUUUCAUGCAUUAUGAUAUAUCAAAUAUUGAAUGUAUUGAAAAUUAUGACCAGUGGAGAGGAAGAUUCUAAGAAUUAAAGCCUACUAUCUCUACUAAUAUUUCUGAUGUGUGGAGAGAUACUAUGAUGCCAGAUAUAUAGUGUUAGCAUUUAGUAAGAUUUAUUUGAGGCACAACCAAAGGUCAUUUAGCAUCAGUGGUGAUGGAUGGUGCGGGAGCUUUUCUUUUCAUGAACAAUUUCGGCUACUUUCUAUGGUAUAAACGGUGAUGUCCUGACUUCAAAAGGAAACUUCAAGAUGUUGAAAUUUGACUGCUUAAAAAUCUUCUCAAUUUGUUUAGAAUUUGGAGUCAUGAAGGUUGACUAUUAUAUCUAUGUUUCUUAUUACAGACGAAGGAAUCAAAUUUAAGGUGUCACAACAUUGUUUUUUCGAAGGGGGGUGUUCAUCUCCUUUGAAAGUGAUGAUUUUGAUUUGAAGGAUUUCAGUUCAAAAUGUGUCUAAUUAUGCAUUUGGAUAAUGAAUACACUUUUUGCAGCCUUCAUGAAGGAAAAGACGACACAUGGAUUAUUUCUUUCGUGCACAUUCCUUCUUACAUCAGAUAUGCCAUAAGAUCUCCAUUCUGAAGACGUUUGGUGACACCUUGCAGCUUAGGAGGAGAUAGUUUGGAAGUAGAACUGGAUGCUUCAAGGGGACCAAAAAAAUAUGACUACUCAUCCUCACUGAAACUCUUAGGGCCAUUUGAAUUAAGCAGAAUAAUCCAUGUUUAAAUAUGAGAACUACUUGAUUGAGAGCACGUUUUUCUUUGUCCUGGGAAGGUUAAAUAGGUGAACCAGUAUUUUGUAGUAUGGAGGCGAUUCUAACAUUUUGUGAGCAUUGAGAACAUAGAAGAAUGUAGAGCAUCUUCUUUAUUGGGCUGAGAGCUUUUAGAACGGGGGUAUUGUAAGGCCUGUAUUUGGAUGAAUCUUACCAUAAUCCAUAAGGCCCGAUCUUUUAUAAGUUGGCUUUUGUGCUUACCAAUAUUUUUGGAAUUAAAGAGGAUAUAAAAGUAUACAUUUUGGAAAAAAAUGUGGAGUAAAUCUUAGCGAUAACUAACCCCUUGCUGAUUGCCUUGUUUGGGAAAACCUGUUGCUCUAGUUUGAUUUCCUUUUCUCUACCUUGUUGGCGGAUGAGAAGAGGAUCUUCUUGUGUUACUCCUCUUCUAUAUUUGUGUAUCCUUUAUCAUAGCGGCUUGCUGUUAUUUAUUGUGUUUUUUCGUUUUCAUAUCUUACUUCUGUUCUUUUGUCUACUUAUUAUGGAUGGGGGAUAAUUUGUUAUUUUGCAUGUAAGCUAAUUGAUGGAUCCUUUCCAUCGAGCAUAGUUGGCUUUAUUUACAUCCUUAUGACAAAGGAACACUCUUGAUUGACCAUAAUGAAAAAUGAUGCCACAAAUAAACAAUAUUUCAUUUCCUACUAAAACAUGUGUAACUUUGGAUGUCAAUCUAAUACCUUCGAUUUUUUGUGGGAUAUAAGACCAUUUAAUGAGUAUGUGGAUGAAAAUCAGUUUACAACUUUUUGGGUCAAACUAUAUUUGAUACUUUAUGAGAUGACACUCAUUUGUUAGUGUUCAAGGCCAAACCUCUUUUGAUAAUUUAUGGGAUAAAGUCGAUUUGAUAGUCUAUGAGCUGAGCCCAUUUGAUAGUUUUUGGCCCAAAACCCGUUUGAUGUCUAUUUUUCGAUUGAAGCUCAUCUGAUAGUCCAUGGGAUAGAAGUCCUUUUUCAUUUUUUUGUUCACUAGGCGCGAGGCCCACAAUAGAUAAUCUAAUAAACAAUUUGUUUGACUACUGAACACAAAUUUUCACUCGAGGUCAAAUGGGAUAUUAAGAUAAGGUCCACAUUAGGCCAAAUGGCCAUUUACUAUCAUAAUGGAUCAUUCGACAUGAGACCCAAAUUUGAUCAACAAACCUAUUAAUAAUAGGUUUAACUAUUAGAGACAAUAUUCAUAAUAGGCCAAAUGAGCCAUAGAGAUAGAGUUCACAUUAAGCAAUGCUUUUUUAUAUUAUAAACUUUCAAAGUGGGCUGAGUUGCAAAUCUGAGGAUGGGCUAAAUUGGGGCUCGUAAUCUUCUUCCAGGUGUGUUUGGUACAUGAUGAGCUAGGGUGCACCUUUUUGUUGAGCAAAGUCUUUCCAUUCUCCUUUCUUGUUUAGGCCUCUCUUCUUCCUCUCUUUCUGUCUAUUCUUUGUAUGUGUGUAUGUGCUCUCUCCAUUUUUAUGUAGGGGCAAAUUCAAAACCCCUACUUUAGAGGCCUUAGGAGUCCGAAGGAUGGAGCUGCCCCCAUACGUUAUGAAUGUGUCAAGGGGAUUUCAAUACACUAUUUUUGAGGGCAUUGUAGUCUUUAGGGGGAUCAUCUUUUUUUCAUCUCUUAUAUUAAGGGAGAACAGAACACCAUAGGGCUCAAAUGCCUCCUACGCAUUCAUAAGAUAUAGGCGUAUUUCCUUCGUUCGAACCCCAAUACCUGUACAGUAGGGGGGGUCUGAAUUCGCCUCUACAUAGACAUAGAGGAGAGGGUACAUGUAGGAGAACGUAAAGACCUUGCUUGAUAAAAAGGCAAGCCUUAGCUCAUCAUGCACCCAUAGGACAAUUGGAAGAAGCUUAUGAGGUCCGACUUAAUUCAUCCUUAAUUCCCAGAUCAGUGCACUCUGAAAAGUCCAUAGUAAUAAAAACAUAGCUUGAUGUGAACCAUGCGUCUAAUGACCAAUUGGACCUGAUGUGGGUGUUGUCUAAUAGUUAAACCCAUCAUUAGUAGGCUCAUAAUUUGGCCCUCAUGUCUAAGGAUCCGUUCUAAUAGUAGUUGGCCAAUAGGCGUAUUAUAGAUCCUAUGCCUAAUAUUCUAGUUUGUAAACAUCGUCUAAUGUUGAAGUAAAUUUUUAGCGAACUCAUGGUCUAAUAUGUCAUCAUGCUUAAUGAUAUGUCAUGAUACGAACGAGUCCGUUGGUUCACUGUGGAUCUAAUGUUCUGUAGCCUAUUUCAUCUUAUGUGAGUCUUGUGGUUAGUAUCCAAAGUCAUGCUACAUGAAAUCAUUAAUUUUGAAAGCCUUAUACCAGUGAAUGAACGAAUGACAACAAAUCUUGUUCCGUAGACAAUCAAAUGGGGGCUUUGGCUCAGAAUACGUUUUGUCUCAGAAAGUUGCCAAAUGAUUUCCAUUUCAUAGUCCACCACAUAAAUUAUCCAGAAGGCUUUGACCCUAAAAACAUGAAGAAAGUUGACAAAUAUGCCUCAUAUCAUGGACUAAUGAAAACCUUCAUUCCCAUACUAAAUGGGGUUAUAUCUCCUAGGUAGUGCAGGUUUUUGUUCUUACACACAAAUUUGUAUAUAUUUCAGUUCAAAAUGAAUUUUUUUUAUUUGCUGCAUCAUUUCCACGAUAGUCACUUGAGAGUGUCUUUCUCAGAAGGAUAUAAUUAGCACCGAAUUUGAUUGCUGAGGAGAAUACACAUUCAAAUGACCCAGAAAGCCCGAAUUCAUCAAUAUGUCUCAAUGUAAAAUGACAAAUUACCUCUAAGUCUAUAAAAGACAGACAAAAGAUAACGAGUUAGAAAAUGAAAUUAAUUGAAAAAAUCACAUGAUAACAUCCACUUUAAGUAAAGAAGAGGAGAAAACUAAGGCUUUACCUGAGGUAGGUAUUCUGGGUUGUCAUGUUUCUUGUAAGUCAAUUAUUUAUUAUUCUCAAACUGGAUGUUGUGCUGGCAUGCAAUAUUUUAGUGCCUAUUUAUUUUAUUUAUUUGCUUAUUUUUCUAAAAAAUGCUAUACUUUGCAUUACUUUUAUGAUGACGUGAAAAAUUGAUGUAAUUGAUGCUGAGUGAUGUCAUAAUCAAAACGGAAGUAAGAGUUCUCCUCGAUCUAUUUCAUUUUUGUUUAAAUUUUUUCUUGCUUUUCUCUAGACUCAUUUCAUUAAUAACACUGGGUCGUUUAUGUGUAAACUUUUACUGAAAAUCUUUACUACCAUUGGCAAAAACUUUUGCAAGGUCUGAGAUGAAGGCAAUUUUCUUACUUAAUGAUGAAAUUUAAAGCUUGUUCCAGAAUUAUUGUUUUCAAGGUGGUCGUUUACGAUUUAAGUCUGAUGCUGUUUCUCAAAGAAUAUGUAUGAGAAAAAGUACUUUUCAAUGAACUGAUAUAAAGAUUGAGUUGAACUAGCUGGGCGCGUAGCUUUUUUUUUAAAGAAGAAUAUCUAAGUCUUCGGAGAACAUACAGAGUAAAUUAGACGUGACUUAUUUUCGAAUUGACAUUUGCAGCUUAUGGAACGGCGGGGCUAUGGAGAAGAGUACAUAAAUCGAUAUAGGAUGAUGACUAAGUUAGUUCCAUAUCUUAUUGUUUGCAUAUUCUAUAGUUCGUUGAGUUGUCCUUUGUUAUUUUCUUUUUUGAAACGGGUUAUAAGCGUGUAAUACCUCCAAAUUAUGCUUAUCCAUCUUAGUUAUUUCUUCAUUUUGGCUGUAAUCUAUUUUCAGACGACUGCAUAAUUUUCAUAAUUCAGAUAGAUGUAACCGAAAUAUCCUUCCCCUCCCCCAAUAAAAGCAUACUUGGAGGUAAAUCUUGACUAGUGCAUUUGUUGUUUCGGAUUUCCAAUAGCCAGUGGGCCAAUUACUUUUAUUGUUUCAUUGGAAACAAUACUUAAGUUUAGUCACCGGCUCAUGAGUAUUUUAGAGUGAGUUCAAAAUUUUCCCAAGUUCCUUAGAUUAUUUAAAUUAAGUUUAUUUUUCUUACCUUGGCAAAAUGGUUAAGGUUUGAAUGCUUUAUUACAUUUUUGUGGAAUAUCUCUUCUCAAAUUUUAAUUGAUGGGAACCAGGAUAGCAACGAGCCAGAAGUUUGACCCUUUUUCCAAAUGUUCACACUGGGAUACAUUCUAGUUGCCUUAUGAAUUUUACCAACAUGAACUGGAUAAGCCACUUCCUUAGGAUGAGAAAAAAAAUGUUGGUGCAUAGAUGGGAAAAUAGAAGUUCUUUUAUUAUUCCCUUUAUUUCCACUGAAGCUAAAGAGAAGAGAUACCUAUACCAAUAUUCUCAAGCUGUUGAGUCUGAGCUUUACAUCCGCCGUUGACAAAAAUGGCCUUCUAUGCCUGGUGAGCACUUGCUGAUCUGAUUACUUUUUUGUUGGGUCUGGAUUCAGUCCCCACUCGAAUAUAUAAAUGUUACGACCCCAUUACUGGCAAAUAUAAAUGUGAGGACUAUAAAUAAACCAGGGAGGGGGGGGGGAACAGAGGAGGGGGAGAACAGUCGGAACCAGGAGAGGCAGGGGAAUCCUUUCAAAUUCAUUCCCCACCCCUUCUACUCUUCUUUCUCUUUUUCUUUUCUUGUAUUCCGACAUCCUGACGUUCUAUCCUACAACAUUGUCCCGAUUUUGAGAAUCAAUACAAUUGUUUUCUCUCCGGAUUCACUCAGAUCUGAUCCUUCCAAGGAGGAUCGUAUCAAUAAACGUCUAAACUAGCCUCCUCCUUGAGUCAAAUUUGCUGUUGAACUGAACCAUCUUGUUGCUUGCUGACGCCAAGCAAGCAACAAGUGCUGUUGUCAUCCUUCAUUAACAGUAUGUUUCAUUCUGGAUGGCCAUUUUUAAAUAUAACAGAAUGGCCCGGCGGGACUAAUUUUUUUUUCAUCACUUUCGUUAUAAUCUGAACUGUACUCCUGUCUAGUAUGCCUGCAGAUCAUAUUUAAUUAUUUGCACAUAACUGCCAUUGUAAAUGAUUAAUAAUGUUGUUAUAUUUUUUACCUUAGAUUUCACCACCAAAGGGUACCAUUAGUUAUUCUAGUAUGUGGAACUGCAUGCACGGGGAAAUCCACAAUCGCUACUCAACUUGCUCAAAGGCUGAACUUACCAAAUGUUCUUCAGGUAACAUGGUAAAGGUUAUGGCUACAUGUUGAUUUCUUGUCACAAUCUUUUUAUCAUGUUGACAUGGGUUAUUAUGCAGACUGAUAUGGUAUAUGAACUGCUACGCACAUCAACAGAGUAUGUGAAUCAUCCCCUUUUUGUGAUGUCAGUAUGUGAAGAUUUGGCUAUGAUUUACUUCAUUCGUCAAUCUUGAAAUUAUUGUGUAUGCAUGUGCGUGUGUUGGUAUGCUGAACAUUUUAGGAUUUUAUGUCACCUGAACCGGGGUCCUUUUCUAUCUGAACUCAAUACUGUAAAAUGUUUACUUGUGAGAUGUUUCGCUGCAUUGAUGAAAGUGUAAAUAAAAAGUCCUAAUUUUAAGAAACAUAUCCCGUUUGUAAAUUGCGAUUAAUCGUCUUAAUUUAUGGCCACUAUGAACGUAAAUUGUGAAAAGCUUUUUACCUGAGAGUCACUUGUUUAUCAUUUAGUUAUGACAACAUUUGCUGUUGUAUACAGUAAUAGUCGUUAUUUACUUUAAAAUUUUGAGCUGGUUACUCCUGAAAUAUAGUGGGAAAAUUAUGGUCUUAUUUUCCUUUAUCUGCAAGUUUUGUAUACCCUCUCAUGGGAUCUUUGUGAAUAGAGGUUAAAUGUUUAUGAGUCUCCACUCGAAUAUGAUACAGCUAGUGGAAUUAUUUUAAUGCCCUCAAAGUGAUGGCAUUUUGCUUUCUGCUAUAAAAGCUACACGCUAUAAAUUGUGGAAGAUACAUAUCUUGUGUUUAGGUUUGAGUUAUAAAGAUUAUACUUCUACAAAGAAAUUAAUGUAUAGAAAAGUAAUUUUCUCACAUCCUGAGAAAUAAAAAACGCUACAUAAACAGCCUAGGAACGGCAAAAAAGUUCACGACUUUUUAUUUGAACCGUCCAAAAGUCAGAAAAUCUGAAAAUCAUGACUUACAGCAUUAAGAAGUCGUAGUAAAACCUCAAGGUAAGUUGCGUACUUACAAGUGGCUUUGGAUAUUACAAAUUGAUCAUAUGGACUGAAAAUGUAAAUGUUACCAUGUCUUUGAUAAACAUACUUUUUUAUGGAUUAAAUAAAUAUUUCUUUCUGUUGUGUCCAGGGCUCCACUUGCAUCAGUUCCUGUUUGGGCUAGGGAAUUCUCUACCCCAGAAGAGCUCAUAACUGAGUUUUACAGGGAAUGUAGAAUCGUUUGGAAAGGUAACUCAACUCCAGUAAACUGUAGAUGUUUAUCCACGUUGCUCUGUAUUUCCCUUAUUCAGUGAUAUUUGGUCUAUCUGACAACAUGAUUAUUGCACAUAAAGAGGUUUUCCCUUUCUCAUUCUCUGAUCAUCCUUCCACUGUGAUUUGAUUUAUCAGCAUCCACUAAUUAUUUGCUAAUGUGGUGGUAAAUGUGGCAGGUUUGGCUGGUGAUCUGAAGAAGGCGAUGAAAGAUGGUAAGCCUAUCAUUAUAGAGGUAUCAUUCAUCACUUUUUGAAAUUUGACUUUCUAUUGCGUGAAAAUAGUUGGUAUCAUUUUUUAGCUCACUGAAACAAGAAUGUUAUAAUUAUGGAUUAAAUAGCCGACUACAAAGGCUAAAAACGGGAUCUCACCAAUCUCACAAGCAUUGCAAAAAUAUGUUCCAUACAAUGUACGGGGUGAUAGUGACAAUCAACUCAAUCUGUCUAACCACUGUUCUCCGGAAUCUUAUCAACUCAACGAGAAAUACUUGCACGUCCUAAUUCUUUAACUCAGCCUUUGCGUUUUCUACUAGUUACCAAAAGUCUGGAAAUGAGGAAAAGAAAGGAAGAUAGACGAAAAGGAUUGACCAGAAAACAGUGCCAGAGAGGUUGGGACUUUUUUUUCCAAUUUGUUGAGCUCUGUCUCUUCCCUAUCUAUUCAGUACAAAAAAAGGUCGAAGUACAUCCUUCACUAGGAACCAGCCAGGGAUUCUCAGAAUCAUCCAUUGUUGUUUAUGGUCUUGGUCAUUUUUGAGAAGCAUUGUCCAUGUCCAAUCCAAUAAUAAGCAGGGUGUCCCAAUUGAAACUGAUAUUUUUUAAUAAACUCUUGUAGUGUAUGAGUUGUAUACUGAGAAUGACUGAUAAUAAUUUCUUGUUUUCGACUUAGUUCAACCAGAACUUGAAAACCCAACUCUGCUUGAUGGACAUAACCUAAUGAGCCUCCAAAGAAGACACCGUGAUAUGAUCACCUUCAAUUGGGUCAGAUCCUUCUUGGUGAGAGAACUACUGUAGGACAAAAUCGAAGACCUGUAUAUGGAGUGGAUCAGUUUUUCAUGAGAGAAAGAAAUCAUUCUUCCUCUUGGCUACCUCGUCUGAAAUCAUGCAGGAAUCCUUACAAAUUGAGAGUAAACAAGGACGAGGAAUAGUUAGAAGAACAGACUGGAACGCUGGGUCUUUGCUUCCUCAAAAAAUGCCACCUUUAUCCAGUAUUUAUUUAACCAACAACAAUGUCCAAAUUACAACUACGCCUGUUACCAGGAACAGCCCAGGGCACUCAUAAAUGUACGUAGAAAAGUAAUAAAAACGGAGGAGAAGAAUGAGAUUUUCUUUUUAAAGAAAACCAUUAAUGAUACAUCUUCUUUUAUGAUCAUGUACUAAUGAUAAUUCUUUUGCAAAAUUACCCUUAGAAAUGUCUAAUGUGUUAGAGAAAUCCUUCAGAUAUCUGUAGCAGAGGACUUCAAGAUUCCAUUUUUGUUGAAAAAUGGACCCUGGAGAACCUUACUUGUAUUAUGACAUCCUAUCGCUUAAUGAAUUCACACCUACAUUCUAUUAUGACUUCCUAUUGUAUAUGGAACAAUUGGUGAGGUGGGUCUUCUAAUGAUGCAUUGUGUAAUGUGAUAAAUUUAUACUUGCAUGCUUUUGUGAUAAGUGCUCUUUUGUUCCCUACUGUCUAGGUUGGUUCGAUGUGGAUUGACUACCAUUAAAUUUUAAUGGCUUUCCUUUGGUUCGAUGUGCCUACUGUCUAAGUUGUUAUCUUUCCUUUGGGGAAUUUGCAGUUGACUUUUGAAUUUUAAGUAUCAAAGAUGCUAACAAAAUGAGCAUAGUACUGUGGGAUUCACAGGUGACCAUUUUUUCCUUCUUAGGUAUCUAUUUUUUUUCAUAUGAAUAGUGCUAUAAUCUGCACUGCAUGGAAUGGCAGUACGAAUCAGUGGCUUUUAAUCUGUCUGAUUAGGCAUUCUUGAAAUUUGAGCAGUCGCCUGAAUGGAAAUGAUUAGAAGUCGACUUGGGAGUAAGAAACCGUCUAAAUUAAUAACUAAUGUAGGACUCUCUUGUUCUUAAUGUACAAUGUAGAUCAUUAAUAAUUGAUAAACCUCUUCGACAGGGAGAAUUUUCUUUGCAUUUUAUGUUUUUUUUUGUCUAUGACAGGGCAUACAUCUGGAUCCGAGCAUAUAUUUGAUGAAUGAGGAAAAUAGGGGCUCACUUGAUUUACUUGCCACAAAGAAAGAAUCACAUGACUUGCAAAAUACUUCGGAGAACACUCUUCUUAGGUCCACAGAGCAAAAUAGAGGUGCUGUUCUCUCUGGGGUUGAAGAAACAUGUUCAACAAGUGUGCAUGGUUCAGGGGAUGUGCACAAACUUGAAACGGACGGUGGAAUAAUAUAUAGCAGUAAAGUUACAGUGGAAGCAGACAUUUCGGCAUCUAGUAGCCUGUUUGAAAAAAAAACUGAUUUUCUAGGUAAUCUCAUGCAAAUAGUUUAUUUUAUAAAUUAAUUUAAUUUAAUUUUAAAAUUUUCUACUUCCAACAUGGUCCGGAUUUCAUACUGUGAAUUUAAUUUUGUAAACCGGAUUUUGUUAAUUAUUGUAUGACUGAUAUUGGGCUAAAUAUUUUAGGGGAUAAUCCUGAGGGCAGAGACCCAAAUAUGGGUAGCUCUGUUAAAAGGGAAAAGCUUUCAGCUGAACCAAUAAUCGUUCCGAUAGUUUUGAAGAUGGCUGAGUUUGAUCACAAGGUAUGGCUUUUUGCUCUCUAUCCCGAUCAACGACUGAGGUGUCUUUUGAGUCCACUCAUGAUGCCAUAUCUUCUAGUCUCUGGUUCUAUUUGGACUUGGAUAUAGAAAAAUCGUAUCCUUUUUAAUUGUCCGAUUUAGUGAUAAUUUCACUUUCCUUGCAUCGUCCUCCCUCCACCUUUCUGUCUCUGCCCCUGUCUCUCUUCCUGUAUGCCCUUGCUUGGCUGUCCCCUGCUUCUGCAGAUGAUCAGGUCAAGUUCUGAUGCAAGGAGAAAAAAUGAGGCAGACAACAGAGGCUCAGAAAAGGAAGUAAAGAAAAGAGGUUACUGGUAAUAGCGGUGACAAGCAAAGGCAUAUCCAGAACAAGAAUGUUCGCAGAAAUUCCGAAACUGGGAUAAAAGCUUAUAAAACGUUCAAAGAUGUUUAAAGUUUGCUUCCUUUUUAAUGAAAAUUCGGAAAAUGUGAGUACUAGGUGAGUAUCAUUCCAACUGUUUCAACAAUAGCUAGUCAGACAAGUUAUAUGCCUAUCGUUAAAAUUUAGGCAUGUCUCGGUCUAUUAGAAACGAAGCCGUUCAACACAUUAGAGGAAAGGGAGGGUGGGUUAAUCAUUCACAGAAUAAUAUAAUUAUGUGGUUCGGAUUACAUUAUUCCUGCAGUGACACUGCGUUCACUAGGUAGAAAGUUCCAAAGUAGAAGAGGAACUACCUAAAAUGUAAGGACACUUGGGCAACACGAACUUUUAAACAGAUUCACAACAAUGCUCCCAUUCCAAUGUGACAUUGGUUUUCGUUAUGCUUCAUCAUUACCUUAGUCCCAAUUAAAAAUUGAGGUUAAAUCCGUUCAAAUCAUCAAAUAGGUAAGCUAGACAUGGGUUUUUUCAUAACUAUCAAUUUUAAUUCAUGUUACGUUUGGUUUUGAGUCUCAUUAGCCUUAUAUUAUGAGGUCCAAAACCAACGAGUUGCUAGACAUUUUAGGUAAGCAAAUGUCUACUUGAAUCAUCUUCCUUGUUAAUUUCUUUUGUAUAAUCACAUCAUAAGUUUCAGUAUCAUGCCCCUAUUGUCCAAUAUUUCUUUUCUCAAUUUUCUUGAGUGUACAUAGAUUGUCUUUAUCUAGUUAGCGCAUUAAUCAACUUUAAAAAUUUCAUACCUUCUGUAAAAUUGACUAAAAAGAGUUGCCAUAGGGCUCUUAGUCAUCUUUAAUCAUCCAUUAACUUCUCUCAUUCUAGACUAUCUUGAAUGAAUUGCUUCAACUCAAUAUACUAAUCCGGCUACUUAAGUUUAUAUAACUUCUGGGGAUCUGGUGGGGCCAAAUUGGACAAUCUGUGGGAAAAGUAAAAAUUAGGUUUUGAAAAAGAAAAUGAUAUAUUUAAAACUUUAUAAAAUUAUUGAUAUUUAAUGGAUAUAUGGUACUACCCACUCUUAAAACAAAUUUCGCGUGUAUUCAAGAAUCACAUGCGCUUAAAUCCAUUGUGGUUAUAAAAAUGAUAUAUCUAUCUUUUUCUAGAAGGUAAUGUUUAAGUUUUAUUCUCGUAGGUUUUGUAGGAGAUCAGUACAUGUCUCUUCUGUUUUCACGUCGUUUACAUUCUUUUGGUCCUAUCUGAUGACUUAUAAAGACUUCAAAGACAUUUUUUCGGCUUAUGAUGACUAUUGUUGGAAUCUUCCCUGUAAUACUUUAUUUCCAUGAUUUAAUUGCAUUAUUUGUCCUUUACAUCCAAAUAUUGACUUGAUUUAGGCGUUGCUAGAGGAAUGGAUUUCUAGCAGAACGUUUGGUGGUAAAUGUCUGGCUCAGGUAUAUAGAACAAUUCAUUUCAGUAACUUGUUUUUUGAAGUGUUGUCGAGAUGUACUUAAUAACCUGUAUACCUUACAUGUUUACAUAUAUGUCCUCAUGUACCUUUCAUUUUGUGUUACAUCAGUAUGUCUAGAACCUUCUAGGGAUCUGGUAUAAGAGCUCCAGACCAUCACAGUACAAACCCAUUCUAGGGUUUUUAAAACCUGUUUUUCCGCACCGUCACAGUUGAUGUUGCUUUGUCGGCAUUCUCUCCAUCGUCUGAUGGUGUUACAGACGCCGUACACUUCUUUUGGCAAGGGAUCUUCUCCUUCGCUAUGUUUCUUCUAGAGUGAAUCCAGCUGUGAUCGCUCUAUUUCUUUGCUUCCACACUGAUCUACCGGUCUGUUACAGUUUUUGCACCGUUUUUCUUGUCUCUAUUGAGAUUUGUUCACAAAAUUUGAUAUUUUCGUGAAUUUGGACAUCCUCUUUAAAUGGAUUUAUAAUAACAAUGUGUUAUAAGUUAUAAAUUUGGAGGGAUAAAUGAUAGUUUGAAGGUUUAAGAAAUAUUGUAAUGAAAUGGUGAAAAAGGUCAAAGAAAAGAUUCCUAUUUUAUAAGUUUAUUGAUAGAAAGCUGUUUUUGCUUACGAGAAGUCUCAAGCAUUGUGUGGAGGCAAAUGGUUGUGGCAUUGAUUGUUCCACUCUUUAUUCCUUCUCCUUUUUUCUCCUUUUUGAUUUUUCCUUCGCAGUUUGCAGGAUCAAGGUCAAACAUAGGUAAGUUGAAUGAAAACGAGUUAAGAUCAGCCAAUCUUCACCCCAUCUGACAAUUUUUGUUCAGCCAGAGGAUUGAAGAAUGUAGGAUCUUCUUGUAAAGAAGUAAUGCAUGUAAUUGUGCUUUUUGUCUGUGACUCUCUUUACUAUUCGGUUCAUAUGACCAAACUUUUAUGCAUCAGUGGACAAACUUCUUGGUGAAUUUUUCAUGUUGUCAUUAAAGAGACCAUGACUGAAUCCUAAAAUGUGUACAGUCAUUUUGCAUUGCAAUUUAGUGUGGGUGUAGUCUAUAAUGAGAAGUUUAGUUUAAGAAAAGAUACCAGAUUGUGUGGUAUUUAUUUCGUGUUAGAUUGGAGAGUCUAUAAAAUUAUUGGCUUCUAUUAUUUUUCUUGUGAUCAAUGCACUGAAUUUUCUAGAUGAUAUGAUAUUGGCUUUCCUUGUCGUGAGAAAUUGACCAGCUAUCCAUACUAAUUACUCAAGAUAUCACUGCAAGUACCACGGGAGGGUCUAUGAACUGUAUCAUGUAUGUGGGAGUAAUAUCUAAUCAGGUAUUGAGUUGUUUAUGAUAUUAUAAAGUCGUUCAUGAUGUGAAAUAGACCAUAGGCAUUGUCAUUUGUGGAAUAACGUUGGUAUCUCCGAAGGAGGUGAAGAAAUGUCGAGUUCAAGGGUUUUCAUUGUUAUAGUAUCAUAAAAUGAGCUCCACAAAAUGAUUCGUAGGUGUUAAAUGUAAUGGGUCAUUCCUUUUGUGUUUCCUAUGUCACGGCCCAUCUAGUGGACCAUCAUCUAGUGGUAAUGGGCCAAACAUGACGUGGCCCAUUAUGCUAUCUCUAGGGCUAGGAUAGAAACCCUAUACUGUCAUCAUUAGUUCAUCGAAUCAAGAUUUCCACCUCCUACAUGGUAUUAGAGCUAUGGCACAUAUCACAUGUGAGCUCAUUUGGAUUCUACAUUUCUUAGAGGAAAUCAAGCUUCUUCCUCAUAAUGGCUGUAUGGAACUUUGAUGUGACAAUCAAGCUGCCAUCCACAUUGCAUCUAAUCCUAUCUUCCAUGAGUGCGUAAAGGACAUCAAAGUUGACUGUUAUUUCAGUCAAGGGAGUAUGCCUAUGAUAUAUAUGCAUACUCAUCACUACUGUCAACAUGUCAUUUGAAGACCAGCUUGUAGCUCUUUUCACAAAAUCUUUACAUGUUCCUUAGGUGAUGGCCAUUUGUACCAAGCUUGGUGCAUAUGAUAUAUAUGCUCUAGCUUGAGGGGGGGGGUGUUAAAUGUAAUGAAUGAGUCAUUCCUAUUGGGCUUUCCCAUGUCACGGCCCAUCUAGUGGACGGCCAUCUGGUAGUAAUGGGCCAAACAUGUUGUGGCCCACUGUGCUGCCUCUAGGGUUAGGAUAUAAACCCUUGACCGCUGUCAUUAGUUCAUUGAAUCAUUGAUUCGUAGGGUUGCUAUAUGUGAGCAAAAUGCUGUUGAAAAAAAAAACUUAUAUGUAAUAUUGCAAAGUACCAAACUGUUCAUGGCUUUGAAGAAACUGUAGAACGGCUGCAAACGAUUUGAGGAGUAUGCCUUGAAGAUUUUUCUUCAUAGUUAGUUGAAAUGAGGCAUAUAGAGAACAAUGGAUACUGCUGAUUGUUGGUUAUUGUAUUUUCAAUAAUAUGGACAUGGUACAUGUGAACUAGAGGGAAUAUUUAGAAUGGUAAGGCUUGUUUCAUCAAUAACGUCAAUAUGAAUUUUCAUAUAAAGCUCAAUAUUCUCUGUAUUCCAUAUAUCUGGAUUUCUUUCUUUGUUGGCUGUCUCAAUCAAUAGUGCUACCUUGACUCGUUGUCCCUCCAGGAUCAGGAUAAAUUAAUAAGCAAUCUGAAGACAAUUCAGGAUUAUCUUUGCUCCUUUGACGCCCAGGUAUAUGGUUGAUCCUUCUAAUGCUCUAAUCCUAAAGCACUUUAGAUGGCCUGGAGAGGAUAUAAGUAAUCCUCGGUGUAAUAUAAUAUUCUUUUGAUGUAGUUUAUAGUGUUCUCCGUUUGGUUGUUUGUCCAUGAUGUUUGUCCUUGUUACUCUACUUUUAAAAUUUGGCAUCAUCUGUAUCUCAAAAUAACUAGAAUACCAAAGAAGUGUGAGUAUAUGCUCCAAAAGAUUUGGAGUACCUCAUAAUGAAGACAAGCGACUAUUUCUUAGACAGUCUACUACGUUUCUCACUGCUACGUGUAAAUCCACCAACUUUGCAAAAAAAAAUUGUGUAUAAUCAGCUAAAUAAUAUUCUUUACUCCAUGAAAAUAGUUACAUUUAUAAUAUAUUUUUUCCAUGUUUAAUGAAUCAUAUUGGGUAUGCUGAAUACCCUUAUUCCUCGUUCAUGCACAAGCUUAGUAAAUGGAUUUAUGGGAGAUUUAAUAACGACUGUAUGCUAACUUGUUUUUCACUUUCCAUGCAACAGGGUCUGCUGGUUGUUAAUAUUUCUGCAACAACAUUUCCACAAACUUUGGACCGGCUCCAUAAUUAUCUUCUUCAGGUAUUGACAAGCUAAUUAUUUUUUUCUUUAUUAUGCCAUUGUAAUUGACUCUUAAUUAGCUGAUUGUCAUUCGUUGUGAUGGGGAUGAUAUUUGUAGAUGGCAUGCCGAUUUAUUGGUUCUGGGUUCAUCUUUCAUGAUUUUUAAUACACACAGAUGCUUUAUUUUCUUGAUGAUUGCCUCAGUCGUUAGUUAAAAUCAUGCUAAUACCCUUGUUUCUAGUAGCUAUACCUAGUCGGUGGAGACUGAAUUUUGGCAAACUAACUUUGAUUAUCUUGAAUGGAUAUGAAGCUGCUAGUUUCGAAAAUUCCCUGGUUUGAAAAAUAUUUCGUAUUUUAUGUCUGGCACUUAAGUGUGGAUUAUUUAAUGGUUUUUUUGAUUGUCCUUAAAGUGAAUAUUUCAAUGUGCGUUUCAAGCAUAUUUGCUAUGAUAAUGUAGAAAGACAGUGAUGUAAGAGGAAUCUGUUUGAUGGGCAUAGGUUGAAAACACUCAAGAUGCCUGUGUAAGGAUUUUGUUGUGUUACGAUGCUAUAGGCUCUAGGUACAUAUUAUAGGUUUUCAGCUUGAACCAUGACCCAGACCUAUGCUAGUAAGUCACUGGUUUCAUUACACCGUGAAUAAUAUUUAUACGGUAAAUGGGUGGGCUCUAAUUUCAGGAAAGAAUCCAAAGUUGCACGAUCAUUGUUUUGAACUUGGAGAAUGGACUUUGAAAAGUUGUUUUGUGCAGCAGUGA